CUUCACUUUUUUCCCCAAAGCAGAAGGCUUUAUUUAAAAUAAAGCUGUGUGUUUGGCGCUUCUCGGCAACCCUUUUUGAGGAACCACAGCCAUGGAUGGCUUGGGAGCCGCACUUAGAAGAACCCAGUUCAUCCUCCUGGUGCUAUUUCUUUUGCAAAUCCAGAGUCUGGGUCUGGACGUCGAUAGUCGUCCCACCACUGAAGUCUGUGCCACACACACAAUUUCACCAGGACCCAAAGGAGAUGAUGGUGAAAAAGGUGAUCUAGGAGAAGAGGGAAAGCAUGGCAAGGUGGGACGUGCGGGGCCAAAAGGAAUUAAAGGAGACCUGGGUGAUAUAGGAGACCAGGGCAAUAUUGGCAAGACUGGACCGAUUGGCAAGAAGGGUGACAAAGGGGAAAAGGGUUUGCCUGGAGCACCUGGAGGAAAAGGCAAAGCAGGUACUGUCUGUGAUUGUGGAAGAUACCGGAAGGUUGUUGGACAAUUGGAUAUUAGUGUUGCUCGACUCAAGACUUCUAUGAAGUUCGUCAAGAAUGUCAUAGCAGGGAUUAGGGAAACUGAAGAGAAAUUCUACUACAUCGUGCAGGAGGAGAAGAACUACAGGGAAUCACUGGCCCACUGCCGGAUCCGGGGUGGAAUGCUAGCCAUGCCCAAAGAUGAAGCUGCCAACUCGCUCAUCGCUGACUACGUCGCCAAGAGUGGCUUCUUCCGGGUGUUCAUCGGGGUGAAUGACCUUGAAAGAGAGGGGCAGUAUGUGUUCACAGACAACACUCCCCUGCAGAACUACAGCAACUGGAAGGAGGGAGAGCCCAGCGACCCCUAUGGUCACGAGGACUGUGUGGAAAUGCUGAGCUCAGGCAGUUGGAAUGACACGGAGUGCCAUCUCACCAUGUACUUUGUCUGCGAGUUUGUCAAGAAGAAAAAGUAACUUCCCUCAGGCUAUACAUUUAUUUCCCUGUAACUACCAUUGCAGUUAUUUUUAUCCAUUCACUUCUUAAUUACACUAAAUUCAUUGUGACUCAUGACAAGUAGGAAAUGCUGAACUGAGGUUUGGAAUCUCCAUCACCAUGCUUUCCUGUACCAAUUUUGACAUUUCUCAUAGAUAGUAUGUUAUUGAGUCAAUAGCUCACUAGCUUACAUGGGCCCUGAGGAAGAGUUUCAAUUACUAGCUGUCUGCAUCUCAAGUGAAAUGUACUCUGUGCAUGUGCUCUGCCAUCUGUCCCUAGAGCCCUGAAUCACUCUUAAUUUGGUCCAGUGGCUAUAGAGUCCACAGUUGGUUGGUGACCAUCGGGCUAACUUGCCCUUGCCCAAAGCCAGGCAUACAAAGGUGUCUUUUGUUGGUAAUGUCAAUAUAAUACCUAUCCUUGAACCCAAGAUGCCAAAUUCUUUGAAUAGUCACUCCCAUUGUCAUAGCCACACUGGCAAGUUCCCCUUAAUUGCACAGGAAAAGAUGCUUUAAAUCAAAAUCUCUUUAUGAGGAAUUUCUAGCCUAAUGAACUGUUUUAGAUCAUGUGGAACUACAGAGACUCCUUAUGUGCUUCUGAUCUAUAAGCUUCACUAAAAGUUACCAAGCUGUUGCCUGGGCCUCCUUUCUGUAGUCCCACACCUUCAGCUCAGUCCCCUAGAUGUUAACACUCUGAUUUGAGAAAAAUGGAACUCUAGAAAACAAAGAGGUAAAAGGGAGUAUUUGUUCCCAAAGACUAUUAUUUAUAGUUGCCCUGCUGAACUGUCCUCUGCUAUUAACAUGACUCCAUUUUUGUCCUUGUCUUAGGCUCACCCAUAUCAACUUUCCUCUCCUUAGGGGUAGGGAAUGAGAAGAAGGUUUGUGAAGCCUUCAGAAAACUCUAGAAGCUGCAAGAGUGCUACCAACAUCAAGUCUCCAAGUCCUCUCUCCCUUGCCUCUAAUACAGCAAUCAUGGUGAAGCCCUUAACCGUCCAUAAAUUUUAUGCAGGAAAAAACCCACACCAAAGAUGCACUUUCUAGUACUUUGACAUCACAGGCAUGUGCCAGUUUGGCACAUGCCUGGAACUCACAUUUACUGAACUGGGGAAAUUCUACCUUGAACUGCAGAUUGACUCUCAAAGCAGCUCUCACUUGGAAUUUAAAAAUAAACCAUUAAACAAAACUCAAGAUUAUCCCCUUAUAAACUGCUACUCUGGUUAUGGUUUGAGACAUAUGAUUAAGUUAUUUAAAAUGCUUGCAAAAUGGUUAAUGAAAGAAGAGAAACAGAUCAACAACAUAUGUUCACUCCAGACCAUCUGUCCAUGAUUUCAUCUGUGACUAACUGGUUAUGAGAUAAGAAUUAAUCAGUUAUUUCUGUAGGUUCAGCAAGGGUCACAAACUCAGAUCCUAUGGAACCAGACAACGGGCGUAAAUAAAUGAAGUGUAGCAGGAAGAGACUUGAGCACAUUGGACACAGCUUGCCCUUCUAAAUGAGCCAGCUGCUUCCAAAUUGCCCCUCUUCGUUGCCAUGGAGGGCCCAGUAUUGCUACAUGUUCUGAUGUUUCAAGAGAAGCCAGAAAGCCGGAACUUAAACUUCAUGUGUUUAAAUGGUGACAUCUAAUCUUUUCUUUUAUUGAGGUGAAAUGCACAUAAAAUAAACCAUUUCAAAGAAUACAA